GCCCUCCCUACUGCCCUCCAAAGUCCUGUCUUGGGACCGGACAGCCUAGGUGCCGUUGUAUGGGCAGGGCAUUUCUACAUUAAAACAUUGGUUUAUGUUUUGUUGCUAUAUUUUUUCACAAAAGACGAGAGUAUAUUGAUCUUAUUGGUGGGAUGUUGUCCCUCGUCGGUUUGAAAGCAAACCUUAGCUAGAGUAAUGAAAAUAAGUGCUACUAACCUUUUUUUCCAGUGGAAUGUGACCUGCCGCUGUGUUGAACACAGACAAAUAAACGACAGAUAUGUCUGAAAGAGAUGGGGGGGGGGGUUAGAAGGAAGUACUUUUUGCUAUUCUACUUUUUCUUUUGUCAUUAAGUGCCUUUCAGAACAAGAACCAUGGACUCAUCUAACAUGACUAUUGAGCAAACGAAGAAAAAGACAUCCGGGCCAAUCCCCUUAAAGAUGUAAAGUAAAAUGCUGUGGUCUCUUAAACCAUACGUUUAUUAAUUUUUUUCAAUGAAACGUUUGUUCAAAUGUAUAAUCUUACCAUAUUCGUUUGUUUUUUUUACUUGAUUGAAGUUUUUACUUGACCUAAGGGAAAAGAAUGAGAUUCUAUAAAAAAGUGCCAUUAGUGUGUGAGUAGGUAACGCAGGGAAUUCAAGGGAGAAUAAGGGAAAUCACAACAAGCAGUGUUAUUUAUGUCAUUCUGUUUUUGACACGAGAGAUUGAUACAGUAUUCACUUGUGCCACAGUCUCGAAAGCAAAGGGACGUACUAAAUAGGGCUCUGUACAUUUUUGCUUCUACGCAUCUAAAUGCACAUUUGCGCACAGGCCUUGCACAAACAGUGUUUUCUACGACCACUUGUUAUUUAGUAGUCGCUACAAUUAAGGCAAGCUUUUCCAUGUCUAAUGCAGCAAAUGCGCUCAGUAGCACAAUAUCAAAACUAGAUAAGGGAAUGUAAGGAUAAGAAAGUAAUUUCCAAAGGUGAUUUCAUCAUGAAAAGCCCCAAGGCACUUUAAAGACUGUUUAAAUUAAAAGGUAAGUGACAAUCGAUGAGCAGGACUGAUCACAGGCCGGACUGCAUACCAGGACAGUCUCCAUCACAGUUGGACACAGAGCACAGAAUAGAUUAUAAAUAUGGAGUUCACAUCAAGGGUUGCUUUGUGCUGUGUCUGAACCGAGUCCUGGCUACAUGUUUAGAAUUUUGAAACCUUUGCUGGUAAAACAAAAAAUAGAUUUAAUCAAUUACUGAUCAUUAUCUGCCUAUAUAUGUGUACUUUGCUUUUGUGUGCAUGUGUGUGUGUGCUUGUGUGCGAGUGUGUGUUGAGUUUUCCUCAGUCACAGCCUUCUCCAUCAAUGCUGUAUCAAUAUACUUUGAAUGUGCCACUUUAAUUGAAUGAUUUAAUGGUGCAAUGCAUCAUAUCAUGUACUUUUGAUGUUCUUUUUUUUUUUUUCAUAUUCUUGCAUAUUUUAUAUAACUUGUGACACUAUGGGGGUAGAUUAUGAUUGUAUGAGUAAAUGUUGCAGCCUGUGCGGUCUUGGCUGCAACAUUUUCUCAAAUUCCAUCUUUUCCCAAUCUUUCAGUUCUGUCAUAUUCCCAAAACAUAGAUUAGUGUGGUGAUGUGCCCAUGCAAUAACUGUUAUCCCUCGCUGUGUGUGUGUGUGUGUGUGUGUGUGUGUGUGUGUGUGUGUGUGUGUGUGUGUGUGUGUGUGUGUGUGUGUGUGUGUGUGUGUGUGUGUGUGUGUGUGUGUGUGUGUGUGUGAUCAAAAUAAGCAAUUGCAUAAAAAUCCCAACAGCGAAUACAUGUAGAUAUAAGGUCUAGUUUCAGUUCAACAAAUAUUUCAGAAUUUAUUGAAAAUGGGGAACUUGCUGAUCCUUGUUUAGCUAUCCACUACAUUUCCAUUAAAAGGAGGAGGGAGAACAGAAAAAUGCACGAGAAACAUGAACGUCAAUCAUUUCAGUUCUGUAUUGAUUUGAAAACUACUUGUGGUUUGAAUGGGUUUUAUAUGUGUGUAUAAUAUAUAUGCAUAUCACUGCAAAGUUAUAGAUUAGAUAACCAGUUUAUGCUGAUUUUCUAAGUUAAGAGCUAUUGGCCAUAUCACUCCUAGACAUGAGUAAACUUUCUAUAUUUAAAUCAAAAUGAAGCUAUGAUAUCAGCCCUUAAUAUGAUGAAAUGAUGUCUCUGAAUAUACCUUCAGGCAAUUUGUUUUGACUAUGAAACAGUUCAUAAAAAGAAUAAUUAAUAAUUACGCAAGACUUCUCGCCCCAGGCAGGCUUUUCAGAGUAUUUUACACAAAUUAAGAAAUCUCCCAUGCCACCAGGACUUCAUGACUAACCUUGAUUGACCAUUUCACCCGCCAUUUUUGCCCAUGACAAAGUUGUUCGACUUAAAUUGAAAGAUAUAAAAGUACAAUGUGUGUGUUACCUUUCCUAAUGUAGCUUUCAUGUACCCUAGUGUGUUACCAGAACACUGUUAUUAACCUGCCAGUGUGAACAAGGAAUGUCCUGGAUCAGUGCCUUUUGACCACAAACCCUGGUAAUCAUCCGCGUGUGUAAAAUGCUUUUCUCUUGAUCGUAGCAGCCAUUUCAUAUGCCUUAAGGCUUCCAUAUGUCGUGAGUUGUAUGAAAACUGUCAUUCACUGCUGGGUUUUUAGUGAUGUACGAUUGUAAUCAAAGCCGAGCUCUUCUGCGUUACAAUCACAGCAGUAAUUGACCUGACAUGAUGACGCUAUUGCCCUGGUGUUUGUUUUUAAUGAGCUUUUUUCGAUUACCCUGUGAAGUAAUCCAAAUCCUGUUAAUAGUUUCUCUCUAAGCAAUCGCCCUGAUUUGGGACAAAACAAAUAUUUAUAUCAGAUGUAGGCCACGUGUACAGCAUGUAGAUUUAACUUAUCUAUGUGGGCACAUCACCACUCCAUCUAUAGCUCACAUCUGUACACAGAAAAAUAAAGAAAGAUUAAGUAAAUGUCUCUGGCCCUGUGGUCUGUAAAGGUGACUUUUGGAGAGAGUUACAUUUUGUGCAUGGGGAAAAAGGAUGUGGAGAGAUUACUUUUCAUACCUUUAUGAGAGGGGAGCCUAUGAGAGAGACAGUCACAUAGCAUUUUGUUAUUUUAUUUAGUUAGGUCUAUUGAAACUGGAUUGAGUGUAUUUUAACAUUUGGAGAUGGACCACCAAAUUACUUUAAAUCAUUAUUGCUUAGUCAAUGGUUUUGGGGGAAGCACAGUACACAUUCAAACUAAAAGACAACUCUAAUAUGUAUCUUAUAAUACCUAUAUAGAACCAAAGUUAAGGAAUUCGGAGAUUUACCACGCACAUAUCAACAAUGUGGACAAUGUUCAAAUAUUUUCAUGACAACCUGUCACGUCAUUUAUAUAUUCUCGAUGAGGUCUAGCUGGUGGUCCACGAUCGCCCCUAGUGGCGAUCUAACGCGAGGGCUCCACAUAGGGCGUGAUUGCGCGACCCCUCCCCCUCCACAGUCUAUCUGGAAAAGGAAAAAAAACUUUUUUGUAUCGAAGGAAUCAACAGCCGCCAUCUUGUCGUGGCUAGGAAUUGGGAAUUCGGUCGGACAGUAUUAAAAAAAUAUUGCAAUAAACAUCCUUAUCGGGCUAUGACAAUAGCCCUCUCCCGAAAACGUUAUUUGACCAUCGUCUGGGAUAUAUGUUUUUUUCGACAAACGAAAAUAGGAGCGGUCGGGUCGGACUGAGAAGCCCGUAUAUCUGAUUUCCCCUUCAGAGUGCGGCGCUUUACCUCCUCUCCGUGCCGAGCAGCAUUGUUUACCGCGAGGACGCAGAUAGCAGACGGGGACUUUAGGACUAUUUUUUUUAUUUAUAAUAUAUUAUUUGAAUGCAUUAUUGCAUUUGAUUUGGUCUCGCACCAUUUUUUUUUUGCAUGCAGGAAUUUGACGUCACACAAAAUGGGCUCUUUGAAGAUCUAAAAACAACGAGUCGCAGCGCAACCACCACCUAUGUUAACUUGCAUACCUGUGUGAAAAGUUUGCGCUCGGUUCUUUUCAUGGCACACACUGUGUUUCGGGGUAUUUAAGGGCAAUUAUGUGGGUGUUGGGAGUUGGAUUAUCAUGGGGUGAAUGGCGGUGGCGAAGCGGGGCGCUAUUGCAUCUCUUUUGAAGACGCUAGAUUCACCGCAAGGAGAGCUAACGCUAACUUCGCUAGUAGCAGGCAAUUAGCUAGCUAUUAGCUGGUUGGCUAGUGCUAGCACGCUAACGGCUUGCUAAUGUGCUAACCAAGAAGGUGCAAGGGGGGACGAAAGAACCAACUUUUCCUGUCGUUAAGACCACUUGACACUCAUAGCAACCCAAAAGAGAUCGCGACCAUGGCGGAGAACCUGCUGGACGUCGGACCACCCCACUCCAAGAGACCCAAGCUGAGUUCACCUGCGCUCCUAGCGUCGGAUGGACCAGUAGAUUUGGGUUCUUUGUCCUGGGAUGAUCUCGAGAACGACCUUCCAGACGAGUUGAUCCCUAACGGAGGAGACCCAGGCCCGAUGGGGGUCCUCCUCCCCAACGGAGGUACUGGUGGAGCCACAGCCUCCAUCGUCCCCGACGCCGCGGCAAAACACAAACAGCUUUCUGAGCUCCUUCGUGCCGGGAGCUCCUCCGGCCUCACGGCUGCAGGGCUGAACUCACCCGGGCCCCAGCCCGGAGGAAUUGGAGUACAACGGACUACUACCCUGGGAAAGAACCCCUUGGGCCAGGGCUCCCAGAACACCCAUUCGUCUCCCCAGGCCCAGAAGGCAGGCACGCCAACGGGAGUAGUGGGCCAAAACAAUGGCGGCAACAACACAGGGACCAUUGGCCUGAACUCAUCCAGUUUCACCCAGGCCAUGAUGAACAAUAACCAAGGCCACGCAGGACUCCUGGCCCAGGGAGGGCAAGCCCAGCCCGGACAGGUGAUGAAUGGAGGCCUGGGGGCUGGAGCCGGCCGCGGCCGGGGCGCUGGAGUAGUAGCAGGCAUGCAGUUUCAGGGACAGACCACCGGGGGAGCACCGGGUAUCGCUGCAGCGGCCAGCGUCUCCGCGUUGGCAGAGACCCUUUCCCAGGGAGGACAGCAAAUGGGAACUCAGGCCAACCUAAAUGCAUCCCAACAGGCGGGCAAUAGGAACAAGCUCCAGCAACAACCCCAGCAGCAGGCGGCCAUGUUGGCCCUGGGAGGCGGUACGAGUGGCGUGCCGGCGCCCGCGGCCGUCCCUACAGCUGACCCGGAGAAGCGCAAGCUGAUCCAGCAGCAGCUGGUCCUGCUGCUCCACGCACACAAGUGCCAGCGUCGAGAGCAGGCCAACGGGGAGGUGAGGGCCUGUGCCCUCCCGCACUGUCGCACCAUGAAGAACGUGCUGAACCACAUGACCCACUGCCAGGCCGGCAAGUCCUGUCAGGUGGCUCACUGUGCGUCGUCCAGACAGAUCAUCUCUCACUGGAAGAACUGCACACGGCACGACUGUCCUGUGUGUCUUCCGCUCAAGAACGCCAAUGACAAACGCACCCAGCAGCCCAUGCUGAGCUCUCCCAACACAGGUCUUCCCAAUCCCAUGUCGUCAGUGGGUGCCGGCCAGACCAGCACCACUACCAUCAACACCUCAACCCCCAUAGACCCUAGCUCCAUGCAGAGGGCCUAUGCGGCCUUGGGGCUGCCCUACAGCAGCCAGACACCAGGGCAAACCCAGGCUCAAGGGGCCGGGCAGACGUCGGGAGCAACCAACGCACACACCCAGCAAACACUGCCGCAGCAGUUGAGACCCAUCAAUGCAAUUGGAAACCAGAUGGCCCCCGGAGGCACGGGGAUCGGCGGGCCCACGUCCAAACAAAGCAACCUCCACGCCGACCCCUCCCUCCCCAACGCAUUCAACACUAACAAUCAGCUGCUCUCGGACGGCUCUUCUGUGGCCUCUAAGGGAAAUUUACCCACGGCAGCUCCCCUCUCCGCCACCGGCACCAGGAAAACGUGGCAUGAACAUGUGACGCAGGACCUCCGCAAUCACCUGGUCCACAAGCUAGUACAAGCCAUAUUCCCCACUCCGGACCCGGCAGCCCUGAAGGACAGGCGAAUGGAGAACCUGGUGGCCUACGCCAAGAAGGUGGAAGGGGACAUGUACGAGUCGGCGAACAGCAGGGACGAGUAUUACCACUUCCUGGCUGAGAAGAUCUAUAAAAUCCAGAAGGAACUGGAGGAGAAGAGGCGCUCGCGGCUGCAGAAGCAGAUCAUUAAUCAGGGCCCCCUGACCGCACAGGGGGGCCAGCAGCCUGGCCUUCCCCUGCCCGGUGCCCUGGGCCCCAGGCCACAGAACGGUCCCGUGCCUCUUCCCAACGUGCCAAAUCAGAUCCUGAACCGCAUGCAGGUCCCCCAAGGGAUCAACCAGUUCAACACUAUGGCUCUUCCCAACGUCCCGAUGUCCCAGGCCCCCAUGGGACAGCGGGCCGCGUCCCCCAUGAACCACCCACAGCAGAGCACCAUGAGCUCCGUGCCAGCGAUGGCCAUGUCCCCGUCCCGCAUGCCCCAGGCCCAGGGCAUGAUGGCGGCCCACGGCGGUGGCAGCAUGGUGGGGCAGACGGCGGGCCAGGGACCCUUCCUGGCCCAGAAGCAGUUCCCCCCGGGCUCCACCACGGGAGCCCUGAAUAUCCCCGGGGGAGCGGGGAUGGUUCUACCCCAGGCCCAGGCAGCGGUCACGCAGCUGUCUCAAAGCGCGGCCAGUCUGGAGAACCGGGUUCCCACGCCGGCCUCGGCGGCCAGCGCUGACCUGCACUCUCAGCACGCCGUGGCCGACCUCCCCGUCCAGGAGAACAAGGCGGAGGUCCGCCACGUCAAGCAGGAGUUUGAGCCCGUCUCCAUCAAGAACGAGUCCAAAACCGAGAUGGAGGAGGACUCUGGUUCGAUGCUGGUCAAGAAGGAGAAGCCGGAGGCAAUGGAGGUGGACGAGACGAAGCCGGAGUUGAAGGUGGAGCUUAAAGACGAGGAGGACAGAGGAGCAGCCAACAGCACCACCUCCUCGUCGCCCUCUCAGUCCCGGAGGAAAAUCUUUAAACCAGAGGAGCUGCGGCAGGCUCUGAUGCCCACGCUGGAGUCUCUUUACCGGCAGGACCCCGAGUCGCUACCCUUCAGGCAGCCGGUGGACCCCAUGCAGCUCGGCAUCCCGGACUACUUCGACAUCGUGAAGACCCCCAUCGACCUGUCCACCAUCAAGCGCAAGCUGGACACGGGCCAGUACCAGGAGCCCUGGCGCUACGUGGAGGACGUGUGGCUCAUGUUCAACAACGCCUGGCUGUACAACCGCAAGACGUCCCGCGUCUAUAAGUACUGCUCCAAGCUGGCCGAGGUGUUCGAGGCGGACAUAGACCCCGUCAUGCAGGGCCUGGGUUACUGCUGCGGCCGGAAGUACGAGUUUUCCCCUCAAACCCUCUGCUGCUACGGGAAGCAGCUUUGCACCAUCCCCACCGGGGGUACGUACUACAGCUACCAGAACAGGUAUCAUUUCUGUGAAAAGUGCUUCAAUGAGAUCCAAGGAGAGAGUGUGACGUUAGGAGACGAUCCAGCGCAGCCACAGACAAUGAUAUCUAAAGAUCAGUUUGAAAGGAAGAAGAACGACACACUAGACCAGGAACCGUUUGUUGAAUGUAAAGAUUGUGGACGCAAGAUGCACCAAAUUUGCGUCCUACACUACGACGUCAUCUGGCCCUCUGGCUUCAUCUGUGACAACUGUUUAAAGAAGAGCGGUAAAACACGGAAGGACAACAAGUUCUCUGCAAAAAGGCUGCAGACCACGCGACUGGGGAUGUACAUAGAGGACCGUGUGAAUAAGUACUUGAAGAGGCAGAACCACCCGGAGGCCGGAGAGGUGUUUGUGCGAGUUGUGGCCAGCUCCGACAAAACGGUGGAGGUGAAGCCCGGCAUGAAAGCCAGGUUUGUGGACACCGGCGAAAUGCCCGAGUCCUUCCCCUACAGAACCAAAGCACUUUUUGCCUUCGAAGAGAUUGAUGGAACGGAUGUGUGCUUCUUCGGCAUGCACGUGCAGGAGUACGGCUCCGAAUGCGCCUACCCAAACACCAGACGGGUCUACAUAUCGUACCUCGACAGUAUUCACUUCUUCAGACCUCGGCUGCUGCGAACGGCGGUCUACCAUGAAAUUCUCAUCGGCUACCUAGAAUACGUGAAGAAACUUGGCUAUUCCCAGGGGCACAUCUGGGCCUGCCCGCCCAGCGAAGGAGACGACUACAUCUUCCACUGCCAUCCUGCGGACCAGAAGAUCCCCAAGCCCAAGAGGCUUGGGGAUUGGUACAGGAAGAUGCUGGACAAGGCCUUCGCUGAGAGGAUCCUCCACGACUACAAGGACAUCUUCAAGCAGGCCACGGAGGACCGGGUGACCAGCGCCAACGAGCUGCCCUACUUUGAAGGAGACUUCUGGCCCAACGUUCUAGAGGAGAGCAUCAAGGAGCUGGAGCAGGAGGAGGAGGAGCGCAAGAAGGAGGAGAACACGGCUACGUGUGAGACGCCAGAGGGCACACCGAGUGACAGCAAAAACGGCAAGAAGAAAAACAGCAAGAAGACCAAUAAGAACAAGGGGAGCUUGAGCCGCGCAAACAAGAAGAAGCCUGGAAUGCCGAAUGUAGCCAACGACCUGUCCCAGAAGCUCUACGCCUCCCUGGAGAAGCACAAAGAGGUCUUCUUCGUGAUCCACAUGCACUCUGCGCCGAUGGCCAACGCCCUGCCGCCCAUCUCGGACCCGGACCCCCUGUUGACCUGUGACCUGAUGGACGGCCGCGAUGCCUUCCUGACGCUGGCCCGCGACAAGCACUGGGAGUUCAGCUCCCUGAGGCGCUGCAAGUGGAGCUCCAUGUGCAUGCUGGUGGAGCUGCACAACCAGGGCCAGGACCGCUUUGUGUACACCUGCAACGAGUGCAAGCACCACGUGGAGACGCGCUGGCACUGCACCGUCUGCGAGGACUUUGACCUGUGCAUUAACUGCUACGCCGCCAAAGGCCACGAGCAUAAGAUGGUCAAGUGGGGCCUGGGUCUGGACGACGACAGCAACAGCCAGGGGGGCGAGGCCUCCAAGAGCCCCCAGGAGAGCCGGCGUCUGAGCAUCCAGCGCUGCAUCCAGUCGCUGGUGCACGCCUGCCAGUGUCGCAACGCCAACUGCUCCCUGCCGUCCUGCCAGAAGAUGAAGCGGGUGGUGCAGCACACCAAGGUCUGCAAGCGCAAGACCAACGGCGGCUGCCCCGUGUGCAAGCAGCUGAUCGCCCUGUGCUGCUACCACGCCAAGCACUGCCAGGAGAACAAGUGUCCCGUCCCCUUCUGCCUCAACAUCAAGCACAAGCUGCGGCAGCAGCAGCUGCAGCACCGGCUGCAGCAGGCGCAGAUGAUGAGGAGGAGGAUGGCCACCAUGCAGGGCCGGGUCAUGCCUCUUCCGUCCCCACCAGCCUCCAGCACCCCCAGCACUCCCAACCCCCUCCCGCAGCCUAGCACCCCUCAGACGCCCCAGCAACCGCUCUCAAACCGGCCCCAGACCCCCAGUGCCGCGCCCGCCGUCAUGUCCCCUUCUUUCCCCAACGCUCCACGCAAUGGGCAGCCUCCAGCUCCGGUGUCUCAGGGUAAGCCCGGCCCCCAGGCCUCCCCUCUGCACCAGCAGCAAUCCCCUCUCCCAACGCCGGCCGCGCCUCAACCCCAGCCCCCGCAGCAGCAGCAGCAGCAGCAGCAGCCGCCGCCGCUGGCCGCCAUUAAGAUGGCCCGGCACAUUGAGCUGAUGGCUCAGGCCCAGCAGAACCAGCAGAACUACCGAGUCAACGUGAACGGCCUGCCCAUCAGCCCGCAGCAGCAGCAGCCGCAGCGCACGGUCAGACCCAUGCAAGCGCCCAUGCAGAUGGUACCAGGGCCCCGGUCCCCGCAGGUGAUGCAACCCAACAUAGCCCCAGGACAGUGGCCUGGAGCCGGCGGCCAGAUGCAGGCGGCACAGCCUCAGCAACCAGGCCUGGCUCCCGGUCAGUCCCCGCAACAGGCCCUGACCAUGCAGAGAGCCAUGAUGCCCCUAGGGCAGCAGCCCCCACAGCAGGCCCCGAGGAUGCUGGUUCCUCAGCAGCCCGGUGUCCGGCCACAAACCCCGCAGAGACCCGGCAACAUCGCGCCCAACGCCCUCCAGGACCUCCUCCGCACGCUCAAGUCUCCCAGCUCCCCCCAGCAGCAGCAGCAGGUCCUCAACAUCCUCAAGUCCAACCCCCAGCUCAUGGCGGCUUUCAUCAAGCAGAGAACGGCCAAGUACCACGCCAACCAGCCCCUGCAGCCACAGCCAGUGGGGGGGCAGCAGCCGCAGCCGACAGGCUUACCGGCCCUGCAGGCCCUGGCCAUGCAGGGAGUGGCGGUGCAAAGGCCUGGAAUGCCCCUGCAACAAACACAGCAGCCCGCCAACCCAGGCAUGACUGCAUUGGGCCCCCAGGGGCCGCUGAUAAACCCUGCUCACAACUCCAAUGCGCAGAUCCAGGAGCACUACCGUCGGCAGCUCUUAAGGCAGCAGCAGCAGCAGCAGCAGCAGGGAGUGAUGCCUCAAGGCCACCCUGGCCAGUUCCCCCCGCAAGCCCAGGGCACGGCAGCCCCCUACUCCCAGCUCCGCAUCCAGCAGCAGCAGCAGUUGGCCAUGCAGACAGGUUCAGGAGCAGCCACAGGAGCCAUGGGCCAGCUCCCUCCCAUGGCUCAGAUCGGUCAGGCCGGCAUCGGGAUGGACUCCACCCAGAACUUGCUCCAUCAGCGGCUGCUCCAGCAGCAGCAGCAGCAGCAGCAGCAGCAGCAGCUCCCCCAGCAGCAACAAGCCGUCCUCAAGCAGCAGAUGGGCUCGCCGAGCGCCAUGAGCCCCCAGUCACACCUGCAGCCCCAGGGCGGCGCCCACCUGCCCGGGCCGCCCGCCCUGGCCAACGCGCUCGGUAACCAGGUUCGAUCCCCGGUGUCCGCCCAGUCCCCGUGUCCCGCCUCGCAACAGCCACCGCUACAUUCCAGCCCCCUGCAGCAGCCCCAGCCCUCCCCCCAACACACGGGGUCCCCCCGGCCGGGCCUCGGAGGGCCCCUGGAGCCGGGACACGUGGGGGCCCCAGAGCAGAGCGCCAUGCUGCCGCAGCUCAACACCCCCGCCCGGGGGGGGCUCGGCGGGGACUUGGGGUCGGGGGGAGACGCCACCGGGGACACUUUAGAGAAGUUUGUGGAGGGGUUGUAGCAGCACCGAGUUGUGUGCCAUGUGUUCCCCGUCCUGCACCCCCGGACUCUCCGUCUGUCAGAGGGCUCUGUUCGUCUUUCUAAAGUUGAGAACUCUUUUUGUACUGACGUGUAAAAAGUUUAAACAGUUGUACACGG